UCAAGGCUACUCCCUGUGUAGAGAGCCACUGGGCUGGUGGUAACAAAAUAACAAAAGCGUCGAAGGUUGCAAGAGUAACGGGGCUUCUUCCAACGGCCCCCCCCCCCCGCCCCCUCCUCGGCUUGGCUCCCCGUUUUGGGCCCUUAUGCACGGCGGAGAGCCUGUUUUUGGUCCGAUUUGUGGAAAGCCGCCGGGCGGAAGCGAAGCGCAGAAAGGAACCGGAGCUCGCUUGUUGUUUAUCUGGAGGGAGAGGACUGGAAACCGCCUGUGUCCCAUUUCCUCGCGCUUGUGCGUGUGUUGUGUUGUGCGUGUGUGUGUGCGCGAGAGGAGAGAGAGAGAGUGUGGGGUUGCCUCCCCCCACCCCCCCACCCCCACUUUUGCUUCAGCCCUGGAUUCUCCAUGUUGGACCCGAUCUGAGGAGCAUCUACACGGCUGCCUUUGCAAAGAGCUUACUCCUCGGCUUUGCAACUGAAGGAGGAGCGGGGCGGACUCCCUUCUCCAUCGCGCCCAUUCCUUCUCUUGCUUCCUCUCCCUCCCCCCACCCCCCACUCAUCCUCCUCCUCCUCCUCCUCGGAUAUUUCCCUCCUCCGGACUAAAGGAUCCCCAGGGUCUGUGGGAUUGUUAGAUGGAAAGCCGGUCUAUCAUCACCCAAGUGCAGAGGGACGAAGCCUUGGUCUUUUCAAAACAAGUGUUGGUGUCCAAAUCCUCUCCGAAGAAGCCUCGUGGCCGGAGCAUCUUCAAGGCUCUUUUCUGUUGCCUUCGUGCACAGAAUGUGGGGCAGACGGCCUUUGGCAACAAUCAUGGGCUGCAUAAGGAAGAGACAAACACCAUUGCCAAGUCUGAUCUGUUGCAGUGUCUUCAAUACCAGUUUUAUCAGAUUCCUGGAACAUGCCUUCUCCCUGAGGUGACUCAACAAGACCAGGGCCGAAUAUGUGUGGUGAUUGACCUGGAUGAGACCUUAGUGCACAGUUCCUUCAAGCCAAUCAACAACGCUGACUUCAUUGUGCCGGUUGAGAUAGAGGGAACAACUCAUGAGGUGUAUGUGCUGAAGCGGCCAUUUGUAGAUGAAUUCCUGAGGCGAAUGGGGGAGCUGUUUGAAUGUGUGCUCUUCACUGCCAGCUUAGCUAAGUAUGCUGACCCAGUGACUGACCUUCUGGACAAGUGUGGAGUCUUCCGGGCCCGCCUUUUCCGGGAGUCGUGCGUGUUCCAUCAGGGAUGCUACGUGAAGGAUCUCAGCCGGCUGGGCCGUGAUCUGCGCAAAACCCUGAUCCUGGACAAUUCUCCAGCUUCCUACAUCUUCCAUCCAGAGAACGCGGUGCCGGUCCAGUCUUGGUUUGAUGAUAUGACAGACACUGAGCUGCUGAACCUGAUUCCUGUGUUUGAGGAGUUGAGUGGAGCAGAAGAUGUCUACACCAGCCUCGGCCAACUAAGGGCACCCUAACAUUUUCCUAGUGCUGUGGCCGCUGGGGAAACUACUUUUUUUUUUCACUCUGUGCCUUCAGUAUUGGCCAGGAGGGAAAGGGAACAGUGCAAUUGCUCCCCAUCACCCUGCCACAAGGCAGAUACAAGCACUUUGGAGGCAAUAACCUGCCUGGCUGCCUUCUGCGCAAUGCCAGAGCAGUUUCCAACCAGGGUAUGGCUGGAUGCUAGAGCUUCUAGCCUUUCCACCAAGAGCAGGGACAUCCAAAAUAACCCCACCCCAUUCCCAAUAGUGCUAGUAUCUAUGCACUGCACCCCAACCUUUAGGGGAUCAAUCCUUCCUCCCUCCCUCCCUCCCCUCCCGUCCCCAAGGCAAUGCCAAAUGUUUUGGAUGGAUUCUUUAAAAGGUACAUCCUCCUCACUUGCUUUUACAUAUUCUUGGCAGUGCUUCUUACACAGCCCCCAGGCGAAAAUAUGUGGAGACUUCUCAUCUCUUGGCUGGGAGUCAGGAUGGCCGCCUCUACACUCUCAAGAUAUUUCUGUUCUUGCCUGAUCUUCUCAUAUAAGAUCUUUCUGGGUUGUUUUGAAGUUGUUGCUUUCUUUGCCUGUUUUGUGAAGCUACCUUUGCUUCGCAACCUCUGGUUCCGGGCCUCAUCGCCCUGCUGGCUUUGAGAAACCCUUCCUCACGUGUGUGUGUGUGUGUGUUUGUUUUAACAUUCUGUCUUGCAGUUGUGUUUUGCCUCUGAUGAAAGGUGAGACCCCUGGACUUAGAAAAUACUUUGCAGCAACCCCCACAACACUAGUAACACAUAGCAUUAGUGAGGACAAAGCUAGCCAGCCCCACCAAUGCCACACUCCUUAUUUGCUCAAAGACGAAGCGUCCCUGCACUCCAGCUUUGAUCAGUUCCUUUGGGGUGGGUGGGUGAAGGAAGUGACUUCAUUGCCUUAAAGGGCACCCAGUUAGGAGGCUGCCAGGACAGUAGGGUGCCUACCCUCGACCCAGUUCUUCCAUUGUCUUUCAGUGUGGAAGAUGGAAGGAUUCUGAUGGUCGUCCCCUGAUGGUUUUUACCUUGCUUGAUGAUGCUGAAGGCAUAACUUCCCACUCAGGUUGCUCUAGGUUCCAUCGUUAUAACAUGACAGCCCUUAGUCCCCCUUGGAUGGUGACAACGAGUUUGGGGAAUGAAUCUGUUAGAAGCUAGGAGACUUUCCAUGUAUGCACAAGCCUGCUUCGUAUGUCAUUUGCCUUAACAACUGCCUCGCUGCCUCUGUGCUGCAGCUGCUUGGCAGCAAGCAACUGUGCCUCUUUUGGUGUGGCCUCUCCAAUUCCCGCUCUUCCCCGCUCCCCCCCCCCAGUGCAUUCUCAAACUGGUUUCAGCUCCAAGCAACCAAAAGUAGUUGGAGAGUUUGUUAAUAUUUAUAUCGCAGGGAGUCGCCGGCGGACAUUGGUUUUGUUCUUCCUAGGGUUAAGGUCCUCUUUCCUUUCGAACUGUGCCUGACAUACUGUGAACAUGUGCUUCUCAAGUGCCACUGGAAGCAAGGGAAACCAAAUGGAUUAACAGUGCCGGCUUGCUUUUUUCUUUCUUCCUCCCCCCCACCAUCAGCAAUAUAUUGCAAGAGAAUCUAAUCUGUGUUUAGCCAUUGUAGGGCUGGUAGCAAAGAGGGGUGAGGAGGGUAGAGUCCAUGGGGCUCUUUUUUUAAAAAAAAUAAAAAUAAAAAUGGUGCUGCCUUAUUGUUUAAGGGGUGGCGGGCAAGUUGCAGGUCAUCUCAUCACCUCAGGACCAAAGCAUUGACCUCUGCUGUUGGUCAACCAGCCAGCUGUUAGCCUGACCAACACGCUACUUGAUAUUUUCAUCCCUGUUUUAAGUGUGCUGAUCAGUUUUCAGUGGAGCCCUGAGACUGUGUGUGCACACUUAGUCAAACUUCAGUCAAUUCUUGAGCGGCAUAGGCCCUGUUGUCCCGUGUCCCCCCCGCCGCCCCGGUCCCCCCCAUUUUUCCUGGCUUCGUUUUUCUGGUCCUGUUUGGUCUCCUUUGCUGAAGGUCUGGAUUCCUGUGUUUGGGGGAGGGCAGGACGGGGGAUAGGUUUCCAAUUUCAGACACCAAUGAGGAAGUUCUUUCCCUCCCUUGCAGUUCAGCCAGCAGCUGCUUACGCACACAAGCCGGGAGGAGCCGUUAAACUUUGCAAAGUUAAUGAAUGUUGGAAAGAACAAACCCUUUUUGUUUUCCCUUCCUAUUCUCACAGCGUUGUUCUUGCUUUGUGUCAGCCGAAGACCAAUUGCCUCUCUCUUCCUUCCUCCCUCUCAUGCCAGCAGCUGCCCCAGCCCUUUCUUCAAGAUGAAACAGGUUUCUAGUCCUUUGUUGGACCGAGGUUAGAUGCUGCCCCCUGAAGGGAAAAAAGAAAAGAAAAAAACCAGUUCCCAGUAACCUUAGCCAGUAUGGUCAUAUGUGAGGGAUGCUGGGGAUUGUAGUCCAAUAUGCUCUAUCUACAUUUGCUGCAGAAAUCACUUUUUUUAAGCCUUAAAGAGGGUGGGAUUACGAUGAGAAGAAGGCAACCCAUAUAUUCUCCUCUCUAAAUUGCAGUGGGCAACAUCGCAGUCCUGGCGUGGAGGGAUCUGUAUGAAAUGAGUCUGAUCUGAAAAGAGGCAGAUUUUUUGGGGGGGGGGUGUAUUUGGUUUUAUCAAGUUGGGGGAAAGAAACUGGUUGCUGAGAAUGAUGUGGACGUGGUGAUGAAUCCCUUCGGACAAUCCUGCGUGGAGGGAAAAACAGUGAUCGUAGGACUUCAGUAAGUAGCAGCACCUGCCAUGUUGCCCAUAAACGCCCAUUCCCACUCUUGAUUGUAAAUCAUGUUUUAGAGCCAUAAGGAUUCCUGGGUCCAAACUACCAUGUUGGGAUUGUGCCUUGAUUGAACUAUGGUUAAUGAGGGUAGAACUCCAGCCUAGAGGCGGCCCCAGCACUUUACCAGGGCCAUGCCUUUAAUGGCUGCCCCAUGUACUGACUACACUAAAGACACAUACACACAUAAAUCUACCCACGCUUGUUUAUGGUACCUUUUUUACAUCCAGUCUUGUUUGGUGCUCCCAUUUCAUACAAGAAAUGGAGGCUGUUGGCUUUUGAAGAAAAGAAGCCUCCAGCUUUCCCUUCUCUUCUCCCUUCUCCUCAUUAAACUGUACAAAUUUAUCACAUGUCCUCACUUGCUGGGUUUUUUGUUUUUUGUUUUUUUUUUUUUUUUUUUUAAUGUUUUAAUUGAAAAAAAAAUCCCAAAACUUGAAGCUGGCACUUGUUGCCAUUAUGAACUCUUUCUAUUUUUGGAAUCUUUGUAUUAACUGCAAUUAAAGAAAUAAAAAGAGAUCAAACUGUGUCUUUUCA